CAACAAAAACAAUAAUAUACUUUUCUCUCUCUCUCUCUUUAUCCGCAGAGUCACCUACGAAGUGUCUCCCGUGUUCAUUCUCAUGGAGCGCUUCGUCCUCGCCAAGUUGGGAUCGAUGUUCGGCUUGGAAAAGGCGGAUGGCAUCUUCGCUCCGGGUGGCAGCAUUAGCAACUUACACGCCAUGCUUUUGGCGAGAUACAAACUUCACCCUGAAAGCAAGCAGUCGGGAAUUUUUACCCUGAAACCCCUCGUCGCCUUCACUUCAGACCAGAGCCACUACUCGAUCAAGAAGGCCGCCGUCACCAUGGGCUUAGGCCUAGAUAACGUCGUACAGGUCAAGACAGAUUCCUUAGGGCGCAUGAUCCCGCAGGAGCUGAAGAAGGCCGUGAAGCGAGUACGAGACGAGGGCAAGGAGCCCUUCUUCGUCUGCGCCACCUGCGGGAGUACGGUUCUUGGGGCUUACGACCCGCUGAAGGAACUCGCCGACGUCUGUAAUCAGGAGGGACUCUGGCUGCACGCUGAUGCGUGUGUUGGAGGCUCUGCUAUAUUUUCGGAUAAGCUAAAACAUUAUCUCUAUGGAAUUCAAAGGGCUGACUCGAUCGCGUGGAAUCCUCACAAGAUGCUGUGUGUUCCUCUACAGUGUUCCGUGUUCCUCACUCGCCACCAGGGUCUCCUCGACGCGUGCCACUCCACGCGGGCGUCGUAUCUCUUCCAGCAAGACAAGUUCUACGACGUGGGCUACGACGUGGGUGACAAGAACUUCCAGUGCGGCAGAAAAGUGGACGUGUUCAAGCUGUACUUCAUCCUCAGUGUUCAUGGCUUGGAUGAGAUCGCGAGGAGGAUCGAGGCGGCCUUCGAUGCUGCUGCGUACCUCAGCGAGCAGGUAGCCCUCAGGCCCGGUUUCCGACAGGUGAUCCCAGCCGCUCAGUGCGCCAACACCUGCUUCUGGUUCGUCCCAGAGAGCCUCAGGGGCCAAGAAGAGACGCCGGGGUGGUGGGAGAAGCUGGGAAAGGUCGCGCCACGUGUCAAGACGCGAAUGGUGCAAUCAGGCACUCUCAUGGUCGGAUAUCAACCAAUAGAGAACAAGAAUCUCGUGAAUUUUUUCCGCAUGACCAACACCUGCGUGCCUGUUCCUACGUCAGCUGACAUGGACUUCGUUCUGGAUGAGAUUGAACGGCUAGGAAAAGAUUUGUAGGAGACGCGAUUCAGCUUUUAGGACUGUUUUGAAAUUGUAUCUGUUGUCUCCUAAUGC